GUGAGCCCUUUAGCUGUGAAAUAUAUUCAGUCUGUCUCUGGCAACCUUUGAUACUGGAACGGGAAAGGUGACAGAGACUGUGUGUGGGGAAGGAGAUAACAGCUUUUAACUCCAGGCUCUUGGCAACCCAGGAGAGUCUUGUUGGCAGGUUUGUUGGAGCAAGCAUAGGAUGUGGGGUCGUCAGCUGAUUCACCUGCUCUCUAGCUCCCAGCGGCUGCUGAAGAAAAGUCCCAGGUGCCGGGCGCCAUGGCUGGUCAACUUCAGGAAAACCCUUCCAAGUCUGACCCGUUGGCAUCACACAGCCCCAGAGUCACUGAAGUGUGCUUGGCGGUUAAACGAUGAUCACUUGGAGCUGAAAUAUGGGGAUGUCCUCAUGCGCUUCGACUACGUAUGGCUACGUGAUCACUGCCGCUCGGCUUCCUGCUACAAUACCAAGACCAACCAGCGCAGCUUGGACACAGCCAGUGUGGAUCUGUGCAUCAGGCCAAAGAGUAUCCGUGUGGAUGAAACAACACUCUUUCUCACCUGGCCAGAUGGCCACGUGACGAGGUACGGGUUGGAAUGGCUGCUGAAGAACAGCUACGAAGGGCAGAAACAGCAGGUCAUGCAGCCACGCAUUCUCUGGAAUGCUCAGAUCUAUCAGGAAGCCCAGGUGCCCUCGGUGGACUGCCAGAGCUUCCUGGAGACCAAUGAGGGCCUGAAAGAGUUCCUGCAGAACUUCUUGCUCUACGGGAUCGCAUUUGUGGAAAACGUCCCCCCAACCAAAGAAGACACCGAGAUCUUAGCAGAGAGGAUCAGCUUGAUCAGGGAGACUAUCUAUGGCAGGAUGUGGCACUUCACCUCUGACUUCUCCCGGGGAGACACAGCGUACACCAAGCUGGCUUUGGAUCGUCACACAGAUACCACUUAUUUCCAGGAACCCUGUGGCAUCCAGGUGUUUCACUGCCUCCGGCACGAAGGGACAGGUGGUCGUACACUGCUUGUGGAUGGCUUCUAUGCAGCAGAGCAGGUGCUCCAGCAAGCCCCGGAUGACUUUGAGCUCCUCACCAAGGUGCCACUGAAGCACGAAUAUAUCGAGAAUGUGGGGGGCUGCCACAACCACAUGAUUGGAGUUGGGCCUGUCUUGAAUGUCUACCCUUGGAACAACGAGAUCUACUUGAUCAGGUACAACAACUACGACCGAGCCGUCAUUAACACGGUGCCUUACGACACUGUGCACCGCUGGUACAGCGCACACCGCACUCUCACCGCGGAGCUAAGGAGACCAGAGAAUGAGCUCUGGGUGAAGCUGAAGCCGGGCAAGGCCCUUUUUGUGGACAACUGGCGAGUUCUGCACGGCCGGGAGUCUUUCACGGGUUACCGCCAGCUCUGCGGCUGCUACCUGACGAGAGACGACGUGCUGAAUACAGCUCGCUUCCUGGGGCUGCAAGCCUAGCUUGAGCUGGGCUUCCAGAAUUUUGGGGAUUGCGGAUCCAGGAACGAGAGAGAGCUUUUCGCAAUAUACCUCACAGACUUGACCUUCUGCUCGCAAGAGGAGGAGAGUUCCCCAUGGGAUUACUUGAUUGCCAGCCAUCCCAUGCAGUUUAUUUGCCUUCCCCCCCCAACACACACACUACCCCAGUUUUUUGGUCUUUUGUUGUCCAGCUUCCUUUGGCUUUCACGAACACAAUGGACUCAUUUGGUGCGGGAAGGCAUCAAAGUCCGCUGCAGCACUCGAAGUGCCAGAUCUUGUUGUGCCUUUUUGCUGUUGAAACUGAACUGUAAUGCUAACCUUGGUCAGCUGGUAUUCUUAUACACUGGCACUCCAUGGUUUUGCUGACCACAGGACAAGUGAGUGUCCUUAGAAGUGUGGGGAGAGAACUCUCUCCACCCGCCGCCAGUCUUCAAACACCUUCAAAAAUACACAAGUGCCAGGUGCUGGAAGCUUUUAGGGUUGUCCCCAUUGCUUGCUGGCGGCUCAAACUUGCCAUAUUAAUAGGAAAGCAGAUACAGGAAGUUUUGUGGCAAGGGACGAGAGCUGCGUGGCUGAAGCCAGAAAAUUAUGCUGGGGGUCCUUCCUUACCAGAUCUGCGAACGACAAUUUUUGCGCAGUGACAUCUUCCCCUUCCCUAUAUCCUGCAUUCUUUUUAUUUUGCCAUGAUAGCUCCUC